AUCCUCUUGCACACGUGCGUCCUGUUGCACGCCCGCAUCGCAUUGCCUGUCCCGUUGCGGAUGCUGUUGCACACCCGUGUCCCUGUCCUGUUGCACGUCCUGUUGCACGCCCAUGUCUUGUUGCACGCCCAAGCGCUGUUGCACGCCCUGCGGCACACCUGUCCUGUUGCACGCCCCGUUGCACACCUGUGUCCUGUUGCACGUCCCCGCCCUGUAG